CCGCCGUGCACGUAGGACCGUUCGCGAGAGAGAGCUCGGUGCCAGCGAGUCACACGAGUCCCGUCGGAGUUCAGCUGUCGAAGCGGCCAUCAAGUUUCGACGGCUGAUCGCGCUGCAAGGAAAUAAAGAAGAGGGAGAGAGAGAGGCAGCUAUAUAGAUAGAUAGAUAUAUAUAUAUAUAAAUAUAUAUACAGACGUGUCUCGGAAAAAUUCCGUGCGUGCAAUUUUUCCGCUGAUUGAUUCGCGACUAGGGGAGAGAGAGUGGGUCACACGCCACUCGAUGUCACACCGGUCUGGGAGACGACCGAUCGUCGAUUGAUCAGCCGCCACCGACCCGUCGCGGGAGAUCUGUUUGUCAACUCCCACUCGGUGGAGCCUCGUCGAGGACUGCUCGAACAAUCGCGCGCGAGCGAGCGAGCGAGCGUCAUCGAGACGGCACGGGGGCGGAAUUAAUUAAUCUGGCGUGCGCUGCGUAAAUAACGGAAGGCCGCGGCGGCGACGUGGACAGUGGUAUCGAUGGUGAGAGAGAGAGAGAGCUCGCGGCGGACAAACAUUACACAGCUGACAGCCGGUAGGACGCGGGAAGGUCGGUUAAGCCGCUGCACCUGCUCCCGUACCUGUUUCGCCGGGAAUAAAUCUGAGAAUUAAAUCGGCGUGUCUCUCGAGCACGAGUCGAGAAUAUAUACACACGGCUGCCUCGAGAGUCGCUCGUGCACGCCCCCUCGUCUCUCUUUCUCUCGCGGUGUUGACCUUCGACCUCGGGACCAUCGAAGAUUUUCGAGGACGACGAGGGUCGGGGAACCGAAUCCCGAGUGAAUUGAACGAGCGGAGAGUCCGUCCGGUUAAUUCGUGCCACUUCACGCGACGUCGCGGGAGAUCCACCACGAGUGUGACUUCCCUCUCUCUUUCUUCUCGUCCCGUCGUCGGUGGUGCGACGCUACACGUCGAAAGUUGACUGACCGAGUGACUCACGGGAUUAAGAGUCAUUCUCGAGACACCGUGGUGGUGACGUCGGGUCGUCGCCGCGUCCUUCCUCGCGGGAACACUUAUCACGUCGGCAUCGUCGGGAAAAACACCGAUAUAUCUCUCGAUAUCGAGGCAUCGCCUGGUCGCGCCUUCACGGUGAUCGAGUUAAGCCGCGCGAGCGAACCGUCAAAUUCCUUCGAGCUCCGUCAACCGCUGACGCGAGUGAAUUGUAUGAGACUUUAAUCGAGGCCGAGGAAGAGAGACUGAGAGGAGAGAAAGAGAGAGAAUGAGAGAAAAGGACGACUCCCAAGAAGUGUUGCGUUGAUCUUCCCGGGCGAACCUACCGCGCUCGCCGUCCAAUCAAACGCGAAUUAACGAAACUUGAACGAUGAGUUUUCCAACAAUAAAAGAGAACGGAGAUUCUUAGGGGAGAGAGAGAGUCCUGCCAACGUUUCCGCCUCAAUUCCCGCACUUGAGCCGUGAAUCGUAAUUGGGGUAUUACUCGUAUUCGCGUCGAGUCCGAGGAUUAAUCCAACUCGGAAAAGAGUCCCGUCCCACGAUGAGAAAAGACAAGAGCGCUCAGGAAGGGCCGAAUUAGAUAUUACGGAUAACUGCCGCGAGUGGUAAUCGUCUUCCCGAUCACCCUCGAGGAUACCUCCUGCGAUUCUCCGGCGAGGAGGACGUCGAGACGAGCGAUCUCGACGCGUCGUCACCAGACGUCAGGAUUAAGUGUCCGAGGACGGGGUUCCCUGACGGGGCCAGGGGGGAUCACGUGCCUGUUACAAGGCGGUCCGCGGUGCGGAAGGGCCGCAGGUCCCCGUCGGUCAGCAGCGUGUCGGGCGUCAGGCGGUCGCGAGAGAAUGCGAAAACGCGCGGUCACGGCGCCGGCGACGACCACGGCAACGCGGUCCUGGCUGAUCCUGGUGGUAGAAUGUUGACGGCCCGAUCAGGGCCUCUCGGGCUCGGCGUACCACGAACCCUGGGGCCCGCGGAGGGGAGCGAUCACCUCUUCCUGCUGCCGGAACGUGCGCUCGUCAUGGACAGCACCCACCUGCGACAGGACCUAGCCGGUCUCGACUUCAACCUGCACCUCAACCUCCUGCACACCGCGCCCCGUGGCAACGUCUGGCUAUCUGGAGCCGCUCCUGAGGAAACUAACCAAAGGUCCAGUUCUGCACACAAUCGCCACUCUCUCACGAAGGAGCAAACGAUGCACUGGUUCGCCCAAAUCGGAGUCGACGACGACGACGCUCUCGCUUUGUCAGAUGUGAAGCGCCGGCGAAGUCUCUACGAUGAGGAUUCCCUUGACGGCGAUCGUCCUUACGAGAAUGAAGGACGCGACUCGACGGGAAGUUCGAAGGAGUUGGACAGGGCGAAGCUUGUCCGCGAGAGGCAGAACGAGGAGCGGCAGCGGAAGUUGGAGGAGCUCAGACAACAGGCGCUCGCCGCACAGCGCUUCCGGGAGCAGCGUGAGGAGGAGCGGCGAAGGCGCAUCGACGAGCUCAGAUCGCGUGACAACGACAGACGAAACCAAGUGGAGGAGAGAAAACGGCUGAUAUGCGAGGCCGAACGGGAACGACGGGAGGCAAUUCUUCGGAAGAAUCAGGAGAGGGAAGCGCGCAUCGAGGCGAAGAAGAAGAACGAAAGGUCGCACAUCGUCUUCGCGUUCGGUAGCUCUACGCCGCGGAUGUUGGAGCCCGCCGACACCGGCGGUUCUACCUUCUGGGGCACCCGCAGGGCCACCUCCACCACCAACGUCAUGAUGUUCUCCGCGGCACAGCCGCUCACCAGGAGGUCCUCCGAGAGAGAGCUGGACGGCAGCAAGAAGCGGGCCACUUCCGCCGGCGGACUCGACCGGAAGCCAGGCGAAGAUAUGAGAAUGUCCUCGUCCAUGUACGAGGUGUUCAAUUGGAAUUCUAGCCCCGAUCCCCCUUUAACUCCUGCCAAGCAUAAGAGAGCCAGCCUCUCUCUACCUCCCACAACCGACAUCUUUGCCGUCGAUGAUAAAUCCGAUAGCGAUACUCGGCGUCCCAUGAUUCAACGGGCUGCCAGUGGUGAGGAGAACGACGGCACCACGCCCAGCACACCCAGCUCGGUUUACCUGCGGGUGAACAGGAGGCGCACCGACCUCAUGCCGACGAUACCGUCCCCGCGCGACGGCCCGCCGUCGACGGCGCGCAGCUCCAGCGCCAAGGCCUUCACACGCUCGCCAGGUAGGACUUACUCCAUGUCCAGGCUGGACCAGCUGGCGCAGCCUAGGAAACGCGCGUCCGAGCAGCUCGGCACGCUGACGGAACAGCAGCAGCAGCAACAGCAGCAGCAACAGAGCCAGCCUCUGAGCGCUUCUAGCAUGAGCCGCAGCAUGUCGCACUUGGCCGCGCCCGGCGCCAAGAGUCUCAAACGUUCAGACAACUCGCGUAGCAUGGGCACGCUGCCGGGCGCGGCGCCGAUACCGAGACCCACCCGCGCCGAGCGACUACGCCGCAAGGCUCGCGAGCACCAGCAGGCUCAACAGCAACAAGGUAUCCGCAGCGGCGAAGUGACACCCAACAGCCCGUCCCGACCGCACAGCUCCAUGAGCCAGCAGAGCGCCAGCAGCGUGGGCAGCAGUAAUGUCAAUCUGCGUUCCCGUACCGCCGCGUCGCGCCGACCGCGGCCUGCUUCUAUUGCCGGUACCGGUGUCUCGGUCACAGAAAAACACAAUCUGGUGGGCGACGUGAAACUAACGAAGGAUUCAAAGCCACCACUGCCAAAGGUCCAUAGCACUCCAAAGAAACCUUCUACACCCAAAGCUACGGAGGUGAAGAAGCCGACGGAGAAGUUAAUCAAGAACGUCAAAUCGUCACCGCGAAUAACCCCGAAAGCGACGCCCCUGCAAAGUCCCGGAGCUGAACACGCACCGCUCAUUCGCGAGUCCACCGUGGAGAUCAUAAAGCAGAUUGACGAGAAGGACACGCAGGAUGUGAAGUCGGAGGAUAAGAACGAAGAGAAGAAGGACCAGGGCAGUGAGAAGAUUCAGCCACAAGAGUCAAACAUCAUCGAAUCCAUAACCGAGGACACAAAGAUGGCAGAAGAACAAUCCGUGCCUGUGUCAGCCAGCAAACAAGUCAAGGACGAGACUAAUCUGCUGCAGGAGAAUCUGUUAAGCGCAGUUACGGAGGAACCGCCGAAAGCCGUUAAGAAGGAGGAAAACAAACAAGAGAAGAAACCGACAGAGAUAUCUGAGGUCAAGCCCGAGAGCGAAGUGGACGAGCAAAUCGACAUGUCAGCCUCGAUGAUUGCGAAGAUCAGAAUCACCACCGAAGAGGAAGCCAAAGCCGCUUUGGCCGAGCGUAGAAGAUUGGCCAGAGAGCAAGCGGAACGAGAGGCGGAACUUGAGCGUCAGCGAAAGGAGGAAGAAGCGCGCUUAGAAGCCGAAAGAUUGCGCGCGGAGGAGGAGGAGCAGCGUCGUUUGGAGGAGGAGACUCUACGCUUGGCUAAUGAAGCUCGAGAGGCUGAGGAGCAGCGACUGCGACUGGCGAUCGAGGAAGCCAAACGUCGCGAAGAGGAAGACAGAAGAAGAAGAGAAGAGGAAGCUCGUCAGAAGCAAGAGAAGGAAGAAGCGGAGCGUAAAGCGAGAGAGGAGGCGGAAAGACAACGAAUCGAAAUGUCGGAGAGGCUUAAGAAAGAGGAGGAGGAGCGCAACGCUAGACGCAAACGAGUCGAGGCGAUUAUGCUUAGGACGAGAGGCAAAAAUCAAUCCAACACGCCAACCAAGGGUGAGGCUGGUGAUGGCGACAAGUUGAAGGAAGAAAGUCCUAGCGACGAGAACAAACCCGUGCCGGGCAGCAAAGGCGACGACGUUAUGACAGCCAGUUUAAUUUCCGAAGCGACCGAGCAAUUCAUUAGUGGUGAACAGCGGGCGCAUCAGGUGGAAAACGACGCUGCGCCGGACAUUGUGCACAACGGCACGCAUAGCAACGGCAUUAACGAAAGUAAAAUUGUAUUGGAUAAUAAUCAGGGUAACGUUGAAGGAGAAUUGAACGGUCAUCAUACGAAUCACGGGAACGGUAUCAACAGUCAGUCGAUUACACUGGACAAUGCCACUGUCAAGCAAAACAACGUGACCAACAACCUGUUAGACUUGUCGGAGUUCGACACUCUGAGUAAUAACAGUAGCGGCUACGAUACCGGGCCGAUACUCGAAUUGACACCCAAUCUGGCGAACGAGGAUAGCCUCAACUCCAACCUAAAUCCGACGGCGAUGCCUUUUACCCCGAUGGGCAAUACGUUCGUGCCCGCCACCGCUAACGCCAAUGUCAAUCCGUUCCAGGACAAUUUCAUCAGCAACAAGCCGCAAGAUAAUAAUCAAGUACCAGAUCUUUUGUCAUAAAGCGUCACUCGAACGUUCUCCUGAACGAGCAGAAGAGGAGCAGUUCGGUAAUCAGCAACCAAAUUGCUUGUGGCGAGCAAUAGCUAUACUCAGAACGAGACGAGUCGUUUAUGAUAAUGUAAAUAACCGCUUUCGCGCGAUGUGUGUAUCGUGUGUAGAGGAAAUAUCUAGAUGAAGUGAAGAGAGAGAAGGGCGCCGCACGUCGGACUGACUAUCCGUGGGCCCACGAUUGUGCCGAGCUCGGAGCAUUAUCACCGGGGAAAAAAGGAAGUGUAAUAUAUAAUAUAUCUAAUGUUAAUUAAUAAUAUCAUGCAACAGCAAGUGUGGACACUCAGUCCGUGUGUCGUAGUACGCUAUUAGAUAUAAAUAUAACUUUCUAAAGGACUUUCGGGAUGAGGCCUGUUUGUAACACACAUCAUUUUCGGAUACACGGGCGUAUUUUACGGUAACGAAUCGAAAUUAAAUUUCUCACAUAUUCACGUACACGAGAACACGUACAUAUAUAUAUACAAUCAUACAGAUACAUACACACGAUUUCGCUCUUGUCCCCCCUCCCCUACUAUGCAAAAACCCGCGUGUAGAGACAACUGAAAUUUCGACAGGUUAAUCGGUUAGCGAUAAUAGAAAAUAUCGAGAAUCGCGCGGAACACAGAGUAUCAAAGACGAAGAAAUAUGGCACAAGAUAUAAGAAGGAGGAUGGAUAUCAGGGUUAGAUCGAACUCUGCAGACUUAUCUGUCAAAACGACAUAGGAGGCGAGCUCUGAUGAAUUAGAGAAUCUCCCUAAGACUACAUAAGAGAUAGCGUAAAGUACUACCUAAUAGCAACUUCACGAGAAGUCGGAUUUAAGCGCGUGAUCGCGUUCAAUGUGAAAGAGAGAUAGAGAGACAUUUUGCGGCAUGGGGGAAAGUAACAGGCGGAGAAAGAGCAAACACUUUUCUUCCAUACCAGAUUUUGGGGCGUGCGCUCACUAGUCAAGCAAUCUUACUAUUUUUUUCUCCUCUUUUUUCUUCUUUUUUUUUCUUAUCGUGUAUCGUUUAGAGGGCCUACUUAACAUUGGUAUACUCUAGGUAUUCGCUAGACGUCACUAUUGUUACGUUUCUUCGUGGAUCUAACAUAAAUUCUCUAGCUGUGAUGAUGAUAAUGAUGACGAAAAUAAUGAUGAUGACGAUGGCGCUGAUUGCUUUGUGAGAUAGCCGCUGCUAUAAGUUAAUGGAGUGACGAUCCAGUAGCGUUAAUUGUAAGAAUUGUUACGCGAAGGAGAUGUUACAGAUGGUCGCGCGGUAUUAAUCGCGCUUUAUUCGACGAAGGAAGAAGCAUCACGAUCGCUCGCGACGUCACGAUCGAUAAUGUCAACGUGGACUGCGAAGCCGGAUAUCGCUGUAAUGUUUGUACGAAGUCCGAAAGGGUGCGAGCCGUAAGCGCUCCCGUCACUGUUCGCGGCGGAAAGACAUUACCAGACGUGGUAGCAUGCUUUGCAUUUUACGCUUGCCUUAUCGCAGAUCGCGCGAUAUCACCGUUAGGGUUACCGAUCAUAGGGACCGGCGACGGAUUAUUUGUAACGUGGGUGGAGAAGCAAGGACACAUUUCUGUUAUCCCGAUUGGAUUCGGGACGCAUGCUCGAGAGAAUUAAUUUUCGACACUAGGAGAAAGAGAUAGAAUUAGUGUAUAGACUUUAUGUACCGUGUUUGUUAUGCGACUUUUCUCUCGUAUAUGUUUGCGCCGCACGCGCACGCAACUUUUAACCUCCCUCCCCCCUUUCCUCCCGCUCUUUACUUUAAUCGCAUUUUACCAUAAUCAGUAAAAGCAGUAAAGGUCAUCGAGCUGCACGUGGUGCGAGCUGAGAUUUCCUCGUCAGCGUCGUUUCCGUUUGUAUUCGAGAUUUUCUCUCGUUCGCUAUUGCGUAACGCUGUAACCUUAUUUCCGAACGCGUCGAGAAAGAUUUUCCCGCUCGCGAGUGAUCAAUAUAUUUUCCCCAUUCAUGAAUGAUAUGUAUUUUUAUCGAGAAUUGUUAGCGAGCUUGUUUGUACAGACGCAUGUCGCGAGUCGCGUUGUUUACGCACCGAGAAUAUCCCGACAGGGAAGAAAAGGAAAGACGGAAAUAAAAAAGAAAAGCGUUAAGACCGAAACCGUGCAAAGUAACAGAUUUAUAUUGACACGUUUUAUCGUCCGUUUUCCCACGAGAAAUCGUCUCUGCGUUUGUCUUGUAAAAAUUUUAAUACUGUAACGAAUCGCAGUCGCCUCAUUCGUUACAAGUUAUUGUGUAUCAAACUUAUUUAUUAGUUUUUCUUUUUCGACAGAUAUAUUUAUUAAUCGUUCGGACACCGUAUAUUACCCCUGCGUCACGUGUACACUUAUACUAUUUCUAUUAGAUUUGGUUGAAACUAUUAAAACUACUCUAUAAGAAUACAUAAUAAUAAUAA